CUUAGUAGCGAACGAUCAUUCCCAUCUCUUCGCUUUAGCUACCUGUUCCAUUUGGAAACAAGCCAGUUCUUUUUUUUGAUUUCUUUUUUAUCUUGUGCUAUUACAACUUUCAACUGCCCGGUCUCUCGCUCGCGGAGCGGUUCAACAUGCUACCUCAUGACCAAUGUGAAGAUCGCAUUCCGGGCAUUGCACCCAAACCAGAGGGCCAAGACGACGACGAUGGUCCAGGCUUAGUAGGGUCUCACUAUGAUACUACGAACCAUCAUGGAUUUUUCGAUCACCCCGAUGCUAUGACUUAUUUUACACAACCUACACACACUCAAACAUCCACUAUUCGACCUGGCCCAGUGCCAUCGUCGCAGGCGACGCGGUCUCAGGAGGAUGUCUUUGGUGAAUUAAUGUCGUUGGCUUAUUUGGAUCCUCAUCAUCAGCCUCGUGAUGGAGGUGAUCCAUUACGGUACCCUUGGGUGGUGCCACCCUAUGAUAGACCACCAACGGCUGAGUACGGAAACAUAUAUCUAAUGGAAGUGGUGCAACAACCACAAAGAGCUCGCAUGUGCGGCUUUGGGGAUAAAGACAGACGUCCAAUUACUCCUCCUCCCAUAAUCAAGUUGACCGUGACUACCAAUGAAGGGUAUCCUAUACAAGUCAGCGACCUGGACGUCUCAUUCUAUGUAGUGCUAUGUGAUGUAUGGACAGCCGAUGCUUCGUCCAAGGUGAACCUGGUGAUUCAUCCAUCCGAGGCACCCAUGCUCACGCCUGGUAACAGCAGUGCAGCCGCAGCAGCCAUGUCAUCAGCAGCUGCAGCUUCUUCGUCUCACUCGCCACCAACGAUAGCCGUGGCUGGAACCAAGCUAAAUCCCGACUCUAACCCUUCUGGAACCAACAUUGACACCCCAUCACCGGCUGCUACCAGAAACCUGAUCGGCUCAUUGGUUUCAUCCGCUGCCAAGCUAUAUGACACCGAAGAUCAAUUGGGUAUCUAUUUUGUGUUUCAGGACUUGAGUAUCCGCACGGAAGGCACGUUUAGAUUAGGAUUUUCCCUAGUGGACGUUGGAUCGCCAUACUUGCAAGGAAUUAAUGAAUCGCCAUCCAGGGUCCUUGCCCAGACAUUUAGCGAUCCCUUCACAGUGUUCUCCGCCAAAAAGUUCCCAGGCAUGAUAGAAUCAACUCCACUGUCUAGGGCAUUCGCACGUCAGGGCGUUAAGAUUCCAAUUCGGAAAGACGCGGCAAAGGGAAAAAAAGGCGAGCCUGCCGAAGAAGAUGACGAUGAAUAAAUCAGUUCUUCAAUGACAGCGUUGACAGCAUCGCCCAUCUAUACCUCAACAUCUUACAGCCCCCGGUAUACCAAUUACAACCUAUUUGAAAGCCAGUCUUUACAUUGGGA